AUGUCUGAUUCCUCUAGCUCUGAAUCAUGCAACCCUAACAGGGAAGAUCCUGUUGCUGACUCUGCGAAUACCUCGCAUGCAAGAAGACCUAAAGAAACUGUCUCAGGCUUCUCCUCAGCAAUCGCGCUUGAUGAACAAACCAGAGAAGGUUCCAGGUAUGUUCAAAAUGCCAUUGCAACUAUGGUGACUGGAAUAAUGUCUGUCUCCUUAGGAAAGAAUGUCUCUGAUGAUGCUGAGCAAACUGAUGCUCAUAAGGGGUCAAAUAUUGACAAACCCUUAGAUAAUGUGGGUGGUGAGGAAGUCCGUGUCACUCAUGAUGUCAGUGACAACCUUAACUGCGAAGCUGAAACAGUAGACCUGGAGGAAUUUUCUGAUAAUGAGUUGUUGUCCUCAGUUGUCCCUAGCAUAGCCAAGAGGAUUAGGACUAGGAGAGAAAAGAAAAUAGUGGCGCAAAGGUCCCCCAGAAAGAAUAUUGAUGUGCCAACCUCUCCCAAUCCAAAGGUGGCAGAAAGUUCCCUCAAGAGGAAAGGUCAUGGUCCAACAAAAUCUUGGAGCAAAGGGGUGCCCAAGAAAAUGAAGACCAAGUCUGUUGUUGUGGAGUCUGACUCAGAUGUUCCAUGUGAUGUCACUGCCACUCUGUCAAAGAAGAAGCCCACCACUAGCAAGCUUGCAGCUAGUGUCCCUGAGGUACCAAUUGACAACAUAUCAUUCCAUUUUGCUUCAAGUGUAAACAGGUGGAAAUAUGUUUAUCAGAAGAGGCUGGCUUUGGAAAGGGAAUUGUCUUAG